AUGCGUCAGGGAAACCAAACCAUCUCUGAAUUCAUCCUCCUGGGACUCUCCUCUCAGGUUGAGAUGCAGGAACUACUCUUUGUGCUUUUCCUGGGUAUGUACUUGGUCACUGUAGUUGGGAAUGGGGUCAUCAUUCUGGCCAUUGGUUUUGAUUCGAACCUUCACACACCCAUGUACCUUUUUCUGGCCAACCUAUCCUUUGCUGAUGUUUCUUCCAUUUCCACCUCAGUCCCCAAAAUGCUGGUGAACAUUCAGACCAAGAGUCAAUCCAUCUCCUACAAGAGCUGCGUCACACAGAUGUACUUUUCAAUUGUGUUUGUCGUCAUUGACAACUUCCUCUUGGGCGUCAUGGCCUAUGAUCGCUUUGUGGCUAUCUGCAACCCUCUUCACUAUACCAUUAUCAUGCAUCCAAGGCUCUGCCUUUUGCUUACAGUCAUCCCGUGGUUCCUCAGUAAUAUUGUUGCCCUGACUCACACCCUUCUGUUCAUUCAGUUGAUCUUCUGUGACAGAAACAUUCUCCCACACUUCUUCUGUGACUUAGCCCCUCUGCUCAAACUGUCCUGCUCAGACAAGAUGGUGAAUGAGCUGGUGUUAUUUAUUGUGGGCUUAUCAGUCAUUACUUUCCCCUUUGCUCUCAUCCUCUUCUCCUACAUCUGCAUCAUCAGGGCUACGCUGAGAAUCUCAUCCAAAGAGGGAAAGUGGAAGGCCUUCUCUACCUGCAGCUCUCACCUGACAGUUGUGUUGCUCUUCUAUGGGACCAUUGUAGGGGUUUACUUUUUCCCCUUGUCCGCUCACCCUGAGAACACAGAUAAGAUUGGCGCAGUACUGUUCACUGUGGUCACACCCCUGAUGAACCCUUUCAUCUACAGCCUGAGGAAUAAAGACAUGAAAGGUGCCCUGAGAAAGCUCAUAGUAAAGAAACGCUCUUCCCUUUGA